UCACUUACUCAGCCUGAGUGCGCUCUCACCACUGCUGCUCUCCAUCCAUCUGUUUGCCUUUUUAUUCUCUGUUUCUCUAUCCAUCACUACCCUGAUCUUUAUUCUUUCUUCUCUUCUCUACGCUUACUUUUUUUUUCCUUUCAUCAAUUUACCUCACAUUUUUCCUCCUCUCUUUAUUGCCACUAAUCUUCCUCUCUCCACACAUACUUCUGAGCCUGAGUGUGCAGCACCUGUGCAGACUGGAGUUUGUCGGGCAGAAGGUUUUUUUGUUUUUAAUAUUUUGUGUGUGUUGAACAGGGGGAGGGAGGGGAGACACCACCCAGGAACACCUGACCAACCUUUCAUCAAGAUAUGUGGAGACUUAGGAACUGAUUUUCUUCUCCAGCUUUUCCCCAGCUGUUUGUUCAUCUGUUUUUAUCGCAACACCUGGAAUGCUUAACGUGGACUGAUGGAUGUUUCCGAAUUGUGCAUCCCUGAUCCUCUCUGCUACCACAACCAGUUGCUAACCAGAAUGCCCUCUGAGGACCGACAUCUAUCCUCCAGCUGUGGUUCUUACGUCAAAACCGAGCCUUCCAGUCCAUCCUCCUCGCUAGUAGACACCGGCAGUCACCACAGUCCCAGCGGCAACUCUGACGCCAGCGGCUACAUUAACGGCGGCAGCAGACACUCACACGCCUUGGACUCCCCGCCAAUGUUCAACCCAGGCAUGCUCGGUGGUGGUGCCGCCGCCUGCCUACGCCGCUACGAAGAGUGUGCCGGCGUGGUUGCAGACGACUCGCCGAUCAAGUGCGAGUACAUGCUCAAUGCCAUUCCCAAGAGGCUGUGCCUGGUGUGUGGUGACAUUGCUUCAGGGUACCACUAUGGCGUGGCCUCCUGUGAGGCCUGCAAAGCCUUUUUCAAAAGGACAAUACAAGGGAAUAUUGAGUACAGCUGCCCAGCCACCAAUGAAUGUGAAAUCACCAAAAGGAGACGCAAGUCGUGCCAGGCGUGCCGCUUCAUGAAAUGUCUUAAAGUUGGCAUGUUAAAAGAAGGUGUACGUCUGGACCGGGUGAGAGGGGGGAGACAGAAGUACAAACGGAGGUUGGACGCGGAGAACAGCGCCUACCUCGGCCUUGGCAUCCCUCCUCCGGCUAAAAAGCCAUUGACAAAGAUCGUUUCCCAUCUGUUGGUAGUGGAGCCAGAGAAAAUCUAUGCCAUGCCUGACCCCACCAUGCCCGACGGAGACAUCAAGGCCCUGACCACGCUGUGCGACUUGGCCGACCGCGAACUGGUGGUCAUCAUCGGCUGGGCUAAGCAUAUCCCAGGUUUUUCCACUCUCUCACUGGCAGACCAGAUGAGCCUACUGCAAAGUGCUUGGAUGGAGAUCCUGGUACUGAGCAUCGUGUUUCGCUCGCUGCCCUGCGAAGACGAGAUUGUGUACGCAGAGGACUAUGUGGUGGACGAGGAGCAGGCGAGGAUCUCAGGCCUACUGGACCUGCACGUCGCCAUCCUGCCGCUUGUCCGACGCUACAAGAAGUUGCGCAUGGAGAAGGAAGAGUUUGUCACGCUCAAAGCCAUCGCCCUCGCCAACUCGGACUCCAUGCACAUAGAGAAUAUCGAGGCCGUCCAAAGGCUCCAGGAUUCUCUCCAUGAGGCUCUGCAGGACUUUGAGGGCUCCCAGCACCCAGAGGACCCUCGACGGGCAGGCAAGCUGCUAAUGACCCUGCCCUUGCUCCGUCAGACCGCCACUAAGGCUGUUCAGCACUUCUACAGCAUCAAAAUGCAAGGCAAAGUCCCCAUGCAUAAACUAUUCCUUGAGAUGUUGGAGGCCAAGGCUUGACACCUGGGCCAGAUGUUUGACCGGCAGCAGCAUCACCCAAUGGGAGGCGAGGGUCAGCCCAUAAAAAAUAAAGGUGGUGUGCCAAUUGACAGUAAAAGGAGGAAGCUUGGACUACUGAGUCAUGUUAACACUUUUAAAUGGUAAUACACAUAAAAGAAAAAGGGACUUGAAAUAGUUUUGAAAAGGGUGAAUAUUAACUUGAUUGACAUGGGAUCAUGAUAAUGUAUAUAAAGAUGUUGUGUACAGAAAUCAGGCAACCGAGGUCUUGUUAUAACCAGAGACCCAAUGCUCUAUAUCACCUGAAGCUUCUGUGAAUUUGUUUCUUAUCUUAAUUUCAUCUCAAAAUGGAAGUGUGUCAAUAUAAAUGUCCUGAAGAACUGUACGGCUACAUAGCCACAUUAUGUGUUUUUGGUUCUUUCUUCCAUUUUUUUCUAAUCUCAGUUGUUAAAGCAAUAGUCUCUAACUGGUCUACAUAUAAUAUGUGUACUGUAUAUUGUGUGAAAUUGCACUGGGAGGGUGGUGAGAGAAUUGCUAGACAUAUUCUUAUAUUUGUCAUCAAAGAAAGCGGUACCCACCAUGGGUCUGUCGGACUCGAUUUCCUUGUAAUGUAUUUACCUCGUAGUAGCUGCAUUGACUCUGCGGUUAGAGUCAACUUGGUGCUUACAGAAGGACAAUGGUUGGCUGGUGAUCAGAGUUCACAAAGAGUUUGCACUAAGCAUCUGUGAAUAAUGUGGCAAUAAUGGGUAUUGUAAUAGCAAGCUCUGUCUGGUAGCCUCUGAGUGUCAGUCAGUGGUUUUUGCUUAUGGACACUAAACGCCCUCCUCACUUCUUUCUGUGUUCAGUGUCAUACAGAAAUAUUGGCAACUAAGCAUACUGUGAAAAAUACACAUGAUAAGCUAAUAUUAUGUGCUGAGAAUUUUAAAUUAUGGCUUUUUAAAACAUAUUUAUUUUAUUUAAAUACAGGUACAAUAACCGCAACAUCUAUGCAAUUUAAUGCAAUCUAAAAUGAAGUGUAAUCAACCUCAUAGCCCUGCAAUAAAUACUACCUUUGUAAAGUUUAUAAUGUUCAGUUUGUGUCACGUAGGUGCUGAUUCAACUCUCUGGCUGUUUCUCAGUCCAUAGUGCGGUAUUGGAUUGCAUUAUAUUGUAUAGGUUUGCUUUUUCUCAUUUCCACGCCCCUUUGUUUAGGUUGUGUACUCAAACAAGUGUCACUAUAUUGAUAGCAUUAUUUCCACAGCUGUCACAUUAGGUCUUUGUUUUUAUCAAAGUCUUGUGUGAUACUGGUCUGUAUGAUCGCAUCUAAACAAUUUUUUUUUUAAAUUUUGUUCUCAGUGUGGACUACAGGUCAAAUAUUGUGGCUCUGAGAGAGUAUAUUUUGACUCUGUUGUUGCUGGGCAUUAAGAUUUCCAAAUAACUCAAUAUAAGUAAGGAAAAAAAAAAAAAAUGGCCCAACGUCUUUAUGAAUGGAUUCAAAGUGGGCAUAAUCUUUCCCCUUCCAAACUAUAUCAGCAAGGCCAGAAUUCCCCCGUAUGUGAACGGCCAAUAGACGUUUUCGCAUGCAAGUAGACACAACUGCUGCAGCUUAAGUUUGACAGUUUUCUCCUUUUUAACCUUGUGAUCUAUUUGAGUUUCAAGAUGGCAAGUUCAAAUAAAACUAAUCCAUUUUUUUUAAACUGAGGGUUUUGAGUCCCUUUGUCUCCUUGAUUGUUAAAAUUUAAGACAGCAGCCUUUUAAAACUGUUUGCUAGACUUUACUGCAGGUUAUAUGUUUAAGUGCGACGAUAUAAUGACACUUGUGUUUCUGAGAACAACUUGAACUACUCUGAAUUGAAACAGAAUAUAUCAGACCUCAGAUUACGGCUCACUAAUGUUCUGUAUUUUUUGACAAUUAUUUUUCUCUUUUAUCUUUGAUGAAGGAGCAAAUUGUUUAGACGGGCACUGUAAAUUCAUGUCUAGAAAUAAUGACACUGAGUUGUGUGUAAAAUCUGUGUACUUCAGAAGUGAUAGUAAACUUGUAUAGGGUAAUAUCUAACAAUUGUAAACCAAUUGCCAAAUUAUUCAAAGAAAGCAAUCAGAAUAAUGUAAUAGAUAUACACGUUAUCAUUAGAUCAAAAUAAUACAACAAGCAGCUGUUCUUAGGAUUUAAGUGAGACAGAUAUUGUCCCUUAUCAACACUUUAAAAGCAGUAGUGUUUUAAAAGUGUUAUCAAGUGCCAUUAGCUUCUGCCUGAACAAGAAGAAUACAUAAAGCCAAGCCACCAGUAACUACAGCCAGUUUCUACACUUGAAAUGAUCCCCACUGGAACAGACGCUAUUGAUUCACUGUAAUGUUAUGCAUAGAUAAUUCUAACCCAAUACCGUAGAGAAUACAAUUCCCAUGAUACACUUCCCCAAAUGUGUAACCAGCUAAACCAACCCCAAUUGAAAACCAGGGGAUGGAUCACUGCUGUACAGUAGCAAACCAAAGCGUAAUGUCUUCUAAUACUUAUGAAAACUGAUAAAACUGCAUUUUGAGCCUGAUGGAUGCUAUUUAUAGUAUAUUAAUUGUUUUAGCCUCAUUCUGCUGAUCAUCCAGCUGUUUAUCAUAAUUUCAUUCUCAGCAUCCUCUAAACCUAUGAUGAUGUUGAAAAAGUUUUAUUUUAUCUAAAAUAAGUGAUGUUUUUCACAUUACCAUGGUUAAAGGGGAGUACUUUAAAUGAUGAGCACGUUCUUGCCCACGACUUCUCUUCUACACUUACCUUCGCUGUUCACUUUGAAGACUGAUCACAGUUAAUUGUUUCCAAACUUUCCCCGCUUCUCAAAUUAAUAAUAGAAAUAAAAGAAAAAUGCUUAAUUUAUUUCAAGAGUUCUAAAAUGGUUCUACUACAUCCAAUUAAUUCUAAUUGUCUCAGCUGAAAUUCUCAAUAGAAAUGGAGCAAUUAAAUUUCUGCUUUGGCUCUACCUUGGGGACGAGAGACAUUUUAUUUCGGUUGACAGUGGGGAGGGUUUGUCUAAACCUUUACAAAGGCGAUUUCAUGGGUGUCUGUAAUAGUUUCAUAACAGACGAUCACUGGGCUAUGCAAGGCAAAUAUGGCCACCCCAUGUGUUGUGGAGCAUCAGACAUUUAGUUGUGCUUUGUUUACAAUGUGGACAUAUUGUACAGUGGUGUACGCUGCAAAUGUAUUGUGCAUAUUUCACCAAACUAUACUGUAGUUGCUGUGCAUCGAUAUAACUAUGAUCGUUUUUUUUUUUUUCCCAUUUAAUGAAUUUCCCAUGAUUUAUCAGCAACUUCAACACACACACUUAGAGCCCACCUGAAUAGCUGCGUAAUAUAAAUCACUGUAAUGAGUUGUGAGUCCGUUAUAUUUGGUCUAAGGUGGAAUAUUUGUUUUUCCUUUCUGUGUCUUUGUGUCUCUCAAUGCUGAAACACACACUCUAUGUUAUCAUCAUUUUGGUUCAGCACAGCAGGACGUAUAGCAAGUGAAAUAGUCUAGACCCUAUACCUCAAUUCAUAUUUUGAAAAUUACACUGGGUUUGGAAACGGGCCAUGGGUUCCUCCUGGGAAUUAUUGGCACAGAAAUAACGUGACAUCACUGACUGGGUAUUAAAAAAAAUGUAGAUGAACCUGCUGCAAUUGGGGAACACAUUCCUCGGAGGAGAAAGCUGCUUAUUCGCUGUUCCAUUUGUGGACUUAUCUUAUCUCCAUGCACUCAGAUGACGAGAUUUACAUAAAACACGGAGGAACCUCCCUGGCCGUCCCUGGUCUGCAGUGUAUAAAGGACCCUGCUAGGUGUAUGUACAAUAGACGUGAUUACCCAAGAGGUUUACUCCCCUUAAAAGCAAUAUGUUAGCAAUUGUGAUAUAUGAAUCAAUUUAAAAGGGAGCUUUGGCUCAUAAUUAUAAACUUACCCUAUGCUUGGAAUAGUAUAGGGUAACUAUGCACACACAGUCCUGGGGAGAUAUUGAGAAAAAAUG